AUGUCUCUCCCUCAGCCAGUCCCCCCUUCCUGGAAGGAUCUCGGAAAGUCCUCCAACGACCUCCUCACCAAGGACUACAACUACAACGGCGCAACCCUCGAGGUCAAGACCCAGACCCCUUCCAAUGUCGCCUUCAAGGUCCAGGGUACCCGCGACUCAAAGUCCCAGCUCAUCACCGGUGACAUCGAGGGCAAGUGGGUUGACAAGGUCCACAACCUCACCCUCACCCAGACCUGGACAACCGCCAACGUCCUCCGCAACCAAAUCGAGGUAGACAACCUCAUCACCAAGGGCCUCAAGCUCGACCUCGCAACCUCUCUCACCCCCGACAAGGGCGCCAAGACCGCUGUUCUCAACGCUGCCUACAAGCAGUCUGGCAUCCACACCCGCGCCUCUCUCGAUGUCUUCAAGGGCCCCAACUUUACCGCCGACACCGUUUUCGGCCGUGAUGGCUUCCUCGUCGGCGCCGAGACCUCGUACAACGUCACCACCGGCAGCAUCACCCGCUACGCCGCCGCCAUUGGCUACAACGCCCCCGAGUACGCUGUCACCGUGCACGGCCUGAACAACUUCAACACCUUCUCCGCGAGCUACUACCACCGCGUCAGCCGCGACGUCGAGGCUGGUGCCAAGGCCGUCUACGACUCCAAGGCCACCCACGGCGGCGUCGCUCUCGAGGUCGGCACCAAGGCUUACCUUGACUCGUCCGCGUUUAUCAAGGCCAAGAUCAACAACUCGGGUACUAUUGCGCUUGGAUACACCCAGGGACUGCGCCCUGGUGUCAAGGCCUCGUUUGGUCUUGCUCUUGACACCCAAAAGUUGAACGACGCCAACCCCUCUGGCCCUGCGCACAAGGUCGGCGUCUCGUUCACCUUUGACUCAUGA